ACUAAUCGACCAAAUGUAAAACCAUCCAACGCCUCCGACCCGUUCCCCCACUUUCUAAUCAUCACCGUUCACGCUCACAGAUAUUCCCGCUGGCGAAUCCUCGCCGUUCACGUCGCCGACUUCCGAUUCUCUCGUCGAAGGCCUGCGAAUCCUCGUACCACCUCCAUCUGCGAGAUCGGAAAAAACCCAACGCCCCCGCUUCCCGUUUCCAUCUCCGCCGCCUUCGAUGGAAUCCCACGGCGACUGCCACUCCCCGACCUCCCCCCAGACGUCCGACGCCGCCGGCUGCACCGCCGCCGCCGCCGGCUCCGGGCACUCCAGCGCCACCUGCGCUAGAUGCGGCGGCCCCACCGCUUACCCUACCCCCCCGCCUUCCUUCUCCGGCGUCUCCCCGCCGCCUACCUACCGCCCCAUCCGCGCCCCCGCCGUCAACGUGUCGUCGGAAUCUCUGUACUCCCAGCAGCAAGCCAUCAUUCUCGCGCCGGUGCCUCAGUCGCAGAAGGUCCCGAUCGUCUCCCCGCCUCAUCAGUUCCAAGUCCCCGUCAAGAGAAUCCAUUCUCCGGAAGACAUCCGCCGGUUCCACGACGCCGACGUCUCCAAGAACUUCCUUGGCUUCGUCGUCGCUCUCUCCGAGUCGGUUCGGGGCCGCAAGAUUUCGGACUCGUGCCACGAGUCGUCCACCGUGUCCGCGAUCGUGUCGAUUCUCGACACUCUGGCCCGUUGGAUCGAGGAGAUUCCUCCGGUCCAGCAAGCCGCGCGUUACGGUAAUGUCUCGUACAGGAGCUGGCACGAGCGUUUGGUAGAAACUAGCGAGUCCUUGAUGCUCACAUUUCUUCCUGACGAUCUGCGAUCUGCGACGGUUGAGAUUGUACCUUAUUUUACUGAUAGUUUUGGUAAUUCGAGCCGUAUUGAUUAUGGCACCGGGCAUGAGACCAAUUUCGCUGCGUGGUUGUAUUGCUUAGCUAGGAUGGGAGUCAUAAAGGAAGAAGAUUACCAAGCUGUAGUGGGUAGGGUUUUUGUGAAGUAUCUAGAGUUGAUGAGAAAAUUGCAGUUGGUGUACUCUUUGGAGCCUGCUGGUUCACAUGGGGUUUGGGGUCUUGAUGAUUAUCAUUUCUUGCCUUUCAUUUUUGGGUCAUCACAGUUGAUUGGCCACAAGUAUAUGAAGCCCAAGUCGAUUCACAAUGAAGACAUAUUGGAGAACUUCUCCAAUGAGUAUAUGUAUUUCUCUUGCAUUGCUUUUAUUAGGAAGGUGAAGAAGGGACUGUUUGCUGAGCAUUCCCCGCUGCUGGAUGAUAUCAGUGGAGUGCCUAAUUGGAACAAGGUGAAUAGUGGGUUGCUGAAGAUGUACAAGGCGGAGGUCUUGGAAAAGGUCCCCAUUAUGCAGCAUUUUCUGUUUGGCUGGCUCAUUAAGUGGGAGUAGAUAAUGCUUGUUUGCUGGUGCUCCCUGCUGUUCCAUAAUCUGAAGAUAUGAUUCUAGAUACAAACCCACUGAAGAGCAACGAGUAAAAAUUGUCUGGUAGUUCGGUUGAGCUGUUCCUACUUUAUUCUCUUUACAGCUAGUUGCUUAAUCAUAUGCACAGUUCGUUUAUGUCGACUUAAGUUGUUCAUCGGAUUAAAUUUUGAACCUCUGACUUGAUGACAGAGUAGAUGGACAGCAAUUCUUAUGAUAUGAUUGGCAAUGGCAAGUUUGUCUUUGCAGCUGAGGGGAAAGUAGUUGCUAAGUGUACGUGUGAAGGCAGGUAGUUGAGUUUGAGGUGCCAGCUCCACCAGUAGUCCUUGACUAUGAUAACCAAGGAAAUCUGUGACUCCGCGGUUGGUCCCAAUGCUAGACUUUCUAGUAUGCUUUGUGUUCAUAACCUGGAUGUUAAGGUUAUCAAAAUUUGGACAGUGUGAUUUGAGAUAAGAGAAUUCCCAAAUUGCUGGUA